AAAUAAUAAAAAAAACGAAAAUAUGACGGAGGAAGUGCCUGCAAGAGGAAGUAUUUUAGGAAAAUGUGUGCCGGCUCGUUAUGUCUUGGCGGUGUUGGGUUCAAUUGGUAUGGCCAUUGUUUAUGGCCUGAAAGUAAAUCUUAGUGUUGCCAUGGUGGCUAUGUUAAAUCAUACAGCGGUGGGACAUGGUUCACAUGGUGGUGGACAAACAUUAUCCAAUUUAACCGACCAACAAAGUGAUGUGGAAAUUUGCUCACCACCUGGUGGAGUUGAUGCCAAUGCCACGGCCACAACUGCAGCGGACGGUCCAUUUGUAUGGAGUGAACCCUUGCAGGGCACCCUUCUCAGCUGUUACUUCUGGGGUUAUUUGGUCUCACAAAUACCCGGUGCUCGAAUUGCUGAAAAUUUCUCCGCCAAAUGGGUGAUGUUGUUCUCGGUGGGCAUUAAUGUUGUGUGCACCCUCUUGACCCCCGUUUUAACGGAGCUUCAUUAUGCCGGUCUUAUUGCUAUGCGCGUCUUGGAGGGUGUUGGUGGUGGUGCCACUUUCCCAGCUAUGCAUUGUAUGAUUGCUGCCUGGGCUCCACCAAAUGAACGUUCAGUCAUGUCGACCAUUAUCUAUGUGGGAACAUCAUUCGGCACUGCAAUCUCUAUUCUAUUGGCCGGUGUGCUCUCUGCCGGUUUGGGUUGGGAAUCCGUUUUCUAUGUUAUGGGUGGCCUUAGCUGCGUUUGGAUGCUGCUCUGGACUAUUUUGGUGCAGGAUAAUCCCAAUAAACAAAGAUUCAUUAGCCCCGAAGAGAGGCAAAUGAUUACAUCGUCAUUGGGCAGUGAUCAGCAACACGGUGCCAAGGAAGAACAUCCACCAGUGCCAUGGAAGAAAGUGUUUACCUCGGUGCCAUUCUGGGCAAUUUUGGUGGCUCAUUGCUGCAACAACUGGGGCUGGUACAUGUUCCUGAUUGAAAUUCCAUUCUACAUGAAACAGGUGUUGGCCUUCAAUGUCUCCAGUAAUGCUGUGGCCAGUGCUCUGCCCUAUUUCCCCAUGUUGAUUUUCAGUAUGAUUUUGGGCAAAUCCUUGGAUAGUCUUAAGGCCAAACAAAAAAUCAACACCACAAUUGCCCGUAAAACUGCCACCAGCAUCUGUACCAUCAUUCCUGGUAUUUGCUUGUUGAUCCUCUGCUAUAUUGGCUGCAAACACACUGCUGCUGUGGUGGUCAUGACCGUGGGCAUUGUUGCCAUGGGUGGCAUGUUCUCCGGCUUCCUUUCAAAUCACAUUGAUAUUGCUCCCAAUUAUGCUGGUACCUUGGUGGCUUUGACUAACACCGUGGCCACGUUGCCUGGUAUUAUUGUACCACUGUUUGUGGGUUAUAUUACCAAGGGAAAUCAAAACAUUGGAGCCUGGCGUAUUAUAUUCUUUGUAACCAUUGCCCUGUUCUCCAUUGAAUUUGUGAUUUACACCAUUUUUGGUUCGGGUGAAGAACAACCCUGGAAUAAGACAGCACAAAAAACAAAUGACCCUGAAAAGCCCGCCGUCACCGAUGAAAGUACACCAUUGAAUGGUGGAAAACCAUCGAAUGGCACAACAGCUUAA